AUGAGUGCAAUUGCACUUGACAAAGGAGGUGUAUUUUUCCUAUACGGUCAUGGUGGGACUGGACAAACUUUCAUAUGGCGAACAUUGUGUGCUGCUAUUCGUUCAAGGGGAGAUAUUGUACUAGUUGUUGCUUCAAGUGGUAUCGCAUCGCUUCUACUUCCUAUGGGAAGAACUGCUCAUUCUAGAUUUGGUAUACCUUUGACUGCCACUCAAGAUUCCAUGUGUUCAGGCAUCAAACAUGGUAGUGACUUAACUGGACUCUUACAGAAAACCAAACUGAUAAUUUGGGAUGAAGCACCUAUGGUGAGGAAGUAUUGUUUUGAAGCUUUAGAAAAGAGUAUGUGGGAUGCAUUGCGUGGUGCUGAUGGACUCCCCGUAGAUAUCUCUUUUGGAGGCAAAGUAGUUAUAUUUGGUGGUAAUUGUCGUCACACUCCCUGUCAUUCCCAAGGAACUCGACAAGAUAUUGUAUUUGCAGCUAUUAAUUCGCUUCGUAUUGAUUUAAGUGAUGCUGAUGAAAUAAGAGAAUUUGUUGAUUGGAUACUUAAAAUUGGAGAUGGAAAACUUGGAGAACCGAAUGACGGUGAAGUUAUGAUUGACAUCCCAGAAGAUAUUUUGAUGAAAAAUGUACAAGAUCCUAUUGCGUCAAUUGUUCAUGGCACAUAUCCUAAUCUAAUAGGCAAAUUGAGCAAUGGAAGUUUUUUCUAUGACUGGGCUGUUCCAGCUGCUACAAAUGAAAUUGUUUGCAGAGUUAAUGAUUAUGCAAUGUCAUUAAUACACAGUGAGGAAAAGGUAUACUUGAGCUCAGAUUCUAUAAGCAAAGCAUAUGGUUUUGUCAACAAUCAAAACAAUGUAUUCUCAGUUGAGUUUCUAAAUAUAAUAAAAUGUUCUGGUUUGCCGAAUCAUGAAAUCAGAUUGAAAAAAGGUGUGCCAAUUAUGUUGCUUAGAAAUAGUGAUCAAUCAGCUGGUUUGAGCAAUGGCACAAGGCUGAUUGUAAGUCAUGUCGGGGAACAUAUCAUAGAGGUUAAGAUUCUUACAUGA